GCGGCGCGGAGGCGGCGGCAGGAUGAGCGGCCGAGGGGAAGGAGCCAGCCAGCCGUCCACCUCUGCCCAGCCACAACCUGCAGCCCCCCCGCCGCAGAAGCGAGGACGAGGACGCCCCAGGAAGCAGCAACAGGAGCCAACUGGUGAACCCUCUCCUAAAAGACCUAGAGGAAGACCCAAAGGAAGCAAAAACAAGAGUCCCUCUAAAGCGGCUCAAAAGAAAGCGGAAGCCACUGGAGAAAAACGACCAAGAGGCCGGCCCAGGAAAUGGCCACAACAGGUGAUUCAGAAGAAGCCUGCUCAGGAAGAGACUGAAGAAACAUCUUCACAAGAAUCUGCAGAGGAAGACUAGGAGACCACAACACUUCAUUUCUACCUCAUCAGCAGCUGGGUCUCUGGAAGGAAGACGACAAUGCCAUGACCACUUAUUUUCUAUUGCCAGGUCUUUUCCACUUUUGCCUGGGGGGGAAAAAAAUUCUUAACCUUAAAAAGGACUGUAUUAACCAUCUUCUUUGCAAUUCCUUUACAGCCCCAGGGUUAAUGAAAAACUGCUGUAACACCAGGGGGACACAGAUUAACAAUGCAACGUUUAAUUACUGUUUUCUAUUUUCUUAACCUACUAAUAGUUUGUUGAGCUGCUAAGAAAGGGUGAAUGGGUCAGAAAAGCUUUGAAUCAGGUUUAGUCAUUCACUGCACUGCAUAUAAACAAGAAAUGUAAUAUGAAUGAUGAUGGGCAUUCUUUAUAGGAAAGGCUUUGGUGUGUAACACCGGUAGGCCUUAACACCCACCAACAACCCACUCCCUAUCUUAGUAAACUCCCCGUUUAGAACACCAAAGAUAAGGGAUAGAUACUACUCCUUUUGUUUUUUUAUUUUUUUUUUAUUUGUUAUCUUGUAGACUUUGACUUGAUGUUUUUCACUUACUGUUAUUUUAGGAAAGAGUUAAGGCUGACCCGUCACUGAAUUCAGCCAGCGUUUGAACAAGAAAAAGGUUACGUUCAUUUUGCAAAAGGGAAGAACACAAACGUACAUUACAUAUUUAUGGGUACAAAAAAAUCUGCCAAAGGAGUAAACAUCCUCUUGGCCCCACUCCUCAGAGGAAACACUCAAUUGGGUCGAAUUUUUACAGAGCCAAAUGCUAUUUAGGUUGAUUCUCCUUCCUUAGACAUUCUCAAACUAUUUUAAAUCCAAUUUAAACUAUGUUUAAAUCCAUUAAUAGGAGCCUCUUGCCAUUUUAAGGUAAUAGAAAGGUACCUCGGGUGCCCGAGAAUUGCCCCGAGUGAUCAUUGUCCCUGAAGUAAGGGAGAAACACUUAUUUUUUUAGCCAGUCCGCACUUCCAAUAAGAGUCUUUCAAAGGGAAUACAUCUCUCAUCUCUGUGUUUCAAUCUCAUAAAUCUCAGUAUAAGAGCGAAUGCCACACGUACCUCAAAUGAGCUGAUGUAUUACUUCAAGCAGAGCAUUUUGACAUAGGAUGGUUUGCUGGUUUAUUGUUGUCUUUUUUUUUUUUACCUCAGCUACAAGAGUCCAUCUUUUCAUUCAAAACAGCACUUUUAGCAACAGAUGCAAUAUUAUUCCCACUAUUCAAUACUACCUCUGAUUUUACAAUGUCUAUUACAGCUCGAUACAUGCUGCUAUAUACACAUCCGAUGCAGGACAUUUUAUUCUGGUCAGCUGCAUUUUCUCACUUCGACUCCAACACGUCAUUGCAGUUAGAGAAGCAACCUCUUUAGCGUGUUUCAGCAUGACUAUGUAUUUUUCUUUUUGGGUGUUUUUUUUCCCCAAUUUUAAUUACUUAUUCCUAUUUUCUGCUAGAUUUCUGUGUAAUGUACUGUUAACUUGAAUAUAUUUUUGUACUGAAUUGCUCUUAGGUUUUACAGAUAUCAAUACACUACAUGACAUAAACAUUGAACUGUAAUGUUUAAAUAUUACUGUCCAAGUUCGUACCUCAAAAGAAUCAUUUCCAGAAAUGGACUAAUUGAUUGACAAACCUACCUCCAGACUCUAAAUGAAUCGAACUUGUUACUUUCAGCAUUAGUUCUGAGAUGUUUGAAACAGUUAAGACUGCAACUAAAUCGCUCAUCAAAACGAUCAUUUUUUUUUUCUUUUUUGGAAAAGAACGUUGCUAGGAAAGAACACAUUUGAAAUUUACUUUUUCAUAUUAAAAAAAAAACCUUCAAAGAAACUUGAAGCUUUGUAGGUGGGAAGCAACAAGCUCAGCUUUUGCAUAAUGCAAUCAUAAAUGUGUUGAAAAUUAGUAGAUUGUAAGGAAACGCUCGAUGGGCAUUUCCAUGUAUUUUACACAAAUGUGAUUUUUGUAAUAUGUUUCAACCAGAUUUAUUUUAAAUGCUUCUUAUGUAGAGUUUUUAUCCUCUUCUCCUAGUCAGUAUGUCUCCUUUUUGCCAUUGUAUUACGAACUGGGCCACAGGAGGUAGUUUUUCAGGAAGGGUUGUGUCACUAUAGCUUUAGGACUGAAGCCAAAUGCAACGAACAAAUACUGUUUCCUGGCUUCUUCAGUGAGGUCAUUUCAAGACACACAUGCCUCUUUGAGACUGGCAGAUGGCUCGCUUUUGUGGAUCACUGAAAAAGAGCUGAUGGGAAAAUGAAAACUAGACGUGUCACCGUCAACUGAGCGUUAGAAAAACAAGACGCGGUCUAAAAGCGCCACGUUCCGUCAAGGCUUCGGGGCUGGGUUUUUAUGGCCCACGGCCUCCGGCCGAUGAAAUAAAAGCCCCCGAUGCACGUUGGCCACCCUUGGAAGACUCCCAUUUGAGAGUCUCACAGCUCUGGUGAAGUUAAUCUUUUAUGUUCUAUAUAUUGUACAAUCAAACACAUUACUACCUCUUAGGGCCUACUAUACCUCAUUUUUCAGACUGAAAAAAAUGCUUGUGGCCAUUGGAUCAGCAAGAACAUCAUAAAAUUUUUUAUAUAUAUAGUUUAUUUUUAUGGGAGAUAAAUUUUAUAGGACUGUUCUUUGCUGUCAUUGGUCACUGCUAGAUAAGACUGGACAUUUAACUUUUCUACCAUUUCUGCAAGAUAGGUGUGUUUGCAGGAGAAAAGUAUCGAGACGUUUUUACUGCAGUUUACUUUUUCCCGUUCCUUGAGUGUCUUCUAACUUUUUUUUUGCUUUGUUCUUCAUAUAGAAUUGCUGCCUAUGAUUGUACUUUGAAUUGCUUGCUUGUUUAAAAUGUUCCUUUUAUGGAUUAUCACCGUCUGUUCAGCACAAUAAACAUAAUAGCCUCUGGGA